AGGUUGUGCAAUACUGCAUCCCCACCUGGCACCGGUGCCAGGUGCAGAACAAACAAUCAGCCACCUACUUACAUGCAGCAGUCUGCCUGGCUCCAGCACUUAAGCUUCCAGGCUCCACCAGCAGCAGGUAGCCAGCCCCUGAUCUCCUGCAGCAAAAAUGUCAUUUGGCUCCUGCCCACUCUGGAGAAUGCUGUUUUUUAUUUGCCUGAAAUUGGAGCUUUUGCCAGUCAGAGUGACUGUGACAGUACAACCAUAGAUAAUAUGACUCAGAGCCUUGAGAAAUAUUCAACAUGCUUUCCUGAAAUGGCCAAAAAAGAUGGACGAGUUUCACUCAAUCGCCUUAUCUGGAUACUGAAAGACAGUCUUAAUCUUCUGCAGCCUGUUCAAGACAAAUUUUGCAAGCAUCUACCUCAGUGCCCACGGCCUGUCGCCCCUAAGAAUGGUGGGAUAGUGUGUGUCACUAUCGGCAGCACUGAGUACUGCAAACCCAUGUGCAACAAGGGUUAUGACUUCUCGUUCCUCAGAAGAAGCAGGUUGUUUGAAACCUGUAACAGUACCACUGGGUUCACCUGGACGACUCAGCUGACAGGAGGGCAGACACUGGCUGUCUGUGAACCCUCGGAGAGGGCCGUGAGUGGAGCUGAAUCUGCCUAUUUCCCUGACAACAGCAGCUGCCUGCACACAUUAGCCUACAGUGAGCCUGAGCAGCUGAACACCUUCCUCGGAGAGCUUGCAAAGCAAGGCAUAGACACCUUCAACCACGACAAGGAGGCAGACUGUCUAAUAUGUGGUUAUUAGCAGGAGGGACUGGCAGGCACAGCAUGCUUGUACCACUGACCAAGUGGCUGGCUGUGGUCGGAUGUGAGUAUUUUAACAAGAAAAGCAGAGCAGUAAAAUCCCUUCGAAGACCUGUAAACAUACACCUUGUAUUCAGUUAAAAGUUUAGAAAUCGUAGUCACCAUUUGACCUCGGCUCUUGGGUACAAACCUAUAGGCUCAUCUAGUCACAUAGCUCACAGCAGGGGCAUUUCAAAGAAAGCAGAUAAUAUUUUUAUGCCUUAAAUUUGUCUAACCAUAAUUAUAAAGGAAUUGCAGUUGCUUAAUUGAUGUAGUCAUUAGUUAAACACAAUAAUUGUUCUCAGAAAUCUUCUUCUGUAAAAAAAAAAAAAAAAAAAAAAAAAGAGAUCAUUUUUAUGGAGGAAGAGUUAUACUUCUAGUUGCUUUCACAGUUGUCAAUUAAUCACUGCUGUUGCUUUUGUGAUCAUUAAAAAAAAAUGCAAGUCACAACAUCCAUGGCUAUGGGAAACAACUCUAUGCGUGCGCCUGUGUGCUUGGGGAUGAAAUCAGGCUGUGUGUACAGAUGUUUAGGGUGCUGUGGCUCACACGAGCUAAGGAUAUGAAGCUCUGCAGUUUGCUGGGGGAACACUUCAAACAUCUUUCCAUUUGUAUUUAUAAGCCUGAGGACUUCCCACAGAAGUACGUACGAUUAGGCACAGUUCAGAGCAGUUAUAGAACUCUAAAAGUGCCCUGUAUUCUUGCUGUAGAUAGAUAAAAUAGUAGGAAAAAUGCAACAUUUCAGCCCAGCACAAAACAUGAGAAAUGGGAUCAC